AUGGAUUCGGACAUCGAAAAACUCGUCAAGACCUGCCCAAGAUGUGCAUCUGUGGCAAAGGAUCCGAUCAAGUCUGAACUACAUUCACGGCCGAAACCGCACUCGCCGUGGACUCGAGUUCAUGCUGAUUUCGCUGGACCGAUGGAAGGACGAUACUAUCUACUCAUCGUGGACGCCUAUUCCAAGUGGCCGGAAAUCGUCCAGAUGUCCUCGAUCUCCUCAACGGCUACCAUCCAAGCAAUGAAGUGCAUCUUUGCCAAGUUUGGAAAUCCAGAGACGCUCAUUGCGGACAACGGAAAGCAGUUCACGUCGUCUCAGUUCACUUCACUCUCCCGUUCCCGAGAAAUCUUGUACAUUGCACGCCGAGCCGAGGACUUGCCAAGCUGA